UAAAAACCUGUCUCUAUGUACAUUCGUUUUUUUAAUCUGUCUGGAUUGUUCAACCCAAUCGUAUAAAUAUUAAUUAGUCAUCUUUAUACUUUAUGCUAACAAUUGACAGCAGACCGUAAACACAUUUUUAUUUACAUAGACAAAGCUCUCUCUAAAGCCUGACCCACUUUAACAUCAUUAAUUAUGGGCUUUGUUUGGGUAAACCGUAAACAUAACAUAUUUGAACGCAUUUUCUCUAAUAAUCUAUAUUUGUUAAUAAGUUAUAAUUCCACCGAACUUCACGGCACAUAAUUAAAACAAUAAUGAGAAAAUAAUUUGAACCACUUCAUGCGCAGUAUGUCCUCCUUGGCCCUUGCCAGCUUGUCUCUUUCACACAAACCUCCGACUCUCUCUCUCUCCCUAAAACGUAAAACCAGUCGCAUCUCUGUUUCUAGAAAUCACGAACAAAGAUGUCGUCGGAUGAUGAAGGAGGAGAGGAGUAUCUCUUCAAGAUUGUGAUAAUCGGCGACUCGGCCGUCGGGAAAUCGAACCUUCUGUCUCGCUACGCACGUAACGAGUUCAACGCCCAUUCUAAAGCCACGAUCGGCGUCGAGUUUCAGACGCAGAGCAUGGAAAUCGAAGGCAAGGAGGUCAGAGCUCAGAUUUGGGAUACUGCUGGUCAAGAACGCUUCCGUGCCGUUACCUCCGCUUAUUACCGCGGCGCUGUCGGAGCAUUCGUUGUUUACGACAUCAGCCGUCGUACCACCUUUGAGAGUGUCGGACGUUGGCUCGAUGAGCUCAAGACACAUUCGGAUACAACGGUGGCGAGGAUGCUGGUGGGAAACAAGUGCGACCUAGAAAGUAUGAGAGCGGUGAGCGUGGAAGAAGGCAAGGCCCUGGCAGAAACUCAAGGAUUAUUCUUCAUGGAAACAUCAGCUCUCGAUUCAACAAACGUUAAAACUGCUUUUGAGAUGGUGAUCCGAGACAUCUACACCAAUAUUAGCCGGAAACAACUCAACUCCGACACAUAUAAAACUCAACUGGGUUCCAACAACCGAGUAAGUCUGGUGAAAGACGACAAUAAGGGAUCCAGUCAAGUGUUCGGUUUCUCUUGUUGUUCUUCCUCAUGAUCUCAUCUCAUUUUGGUUCUAUCUAUUUAUUCAUUUGUUACUACUCUCUACAAAGUAAUUCAUAAUUUUCUUCUUUUGUUUAUUUUAUCUCUUGUAGAGAAGGCGACGACUUUUUACGAUGACUAGAUACUUUUUUUCCAGUUAAUCAAGAAAAGUGAACACAUUAAUUGAUUACUAAAAAGUAAAAACACAUUAAAGAAACUUCCGACUGACAGAAUAAUUUUCACUUUAUGAAAGAAUGGUCGUACAACCUGUGUGAUGACCUUUGCUGAUCUCUGUAUGAGAUCAAAAGUUCAAUAUAAUCUUUCCUAAAAAUCUAAUCCCAAAAAGA